AUGAUGGACACUAAUCCUACCUCGAACCCGGAGACUCUCUUCCGACCGGUAAAGAGAAGAAAGUUCUUGCGACGUCGCCCUGAGGACACGCUAGAAGAUUUCCGCAUUGAAAAUCGAAGGGAUGACGGGGACUCGGAUCCUACCACCCCCGCUCAGUCCCAAGCAGACAAUGAUACCGUGCACCCUACUGAUCUUGCUCGCCUACGACGUCUUCAUCGCUUUCGCAAGGGUGGCAUUGGAUUUUCUACUACCUCACGACAGUUGGCAAACAACGAUAAACAAGCUAUCGUAUCUACGGAACCAGCGGAGGAUCUCGAGGCGCAGAGAAUCCAAGCUAUGUGUGACCGAUUUACAGCACAUACUGGGCAGACGGUGGAUGUUGACAGACAUAUGUACGAUCUUGCAUCAUACCCUCUUCUGUGGCCCGUAUUGUCUGUAAUGGAGACUAACAAGAUAAGGAUGGCUUAUAUAGAGACCGAAAUGGCUAAGCGACACCAGCACACUGUCCCGACAGAUGAUUCAGAUGGCCCUUUGGUGGGCGAAUCCGAUUCUGCGCCGUCCACAACCGUCCUUCCUCAACGUGAACCAGCGUCUUUAGGUAAACUCCACGAGAUUGAUCUUGGCCAGGAGACCAAGCUACAUAAUAUCGCACGGACGGAGGCAGCUACAAGAAAGUUAGCAAGAGACGAUGAAUAUGAGCAUCUCAAUCAUGGCGGCUCUUUCUUCAAAGCAGCUCCGAUGGGAAAGGAUGAGGGACUAUGGCGUCGUCAGAAACGACGAACCAGUGAGGAUGUGGAGAGAGACAGACUCGUAGAAGAAGUUCUGCGCGAAAGCAAACUUGAUGUAUAUGAGGAACCAGAUCAUGAAACAGCGGCAGCAGGAGACGACCAAGCUGCUGAUGACAGAGUCGCUGAACAGUUUCGAAGAGACUUCCUUGAUGCCAUUCAGUCACGUCGUCGGGUGACGCGAGUGAAAAACCCCAAGACCGCGAAAGCUGAGGCAUCGCGGGGUCCUAAGCUGGGAGGCAGCCGGAGUGCUAGAGCGGCGAUGCGGGAAAUGCAAGAGAAGCAAGGACGUAAAUGA